AUGUCAAUAGAAAUAAGUUUUGAUUUAGAUUUUAGCUAGGAGUAAAUAGAAAAUAAAUUAGUCUAAAAUGCUAGCUCUACUAAAGAGCUCAGCCUAUAGUAUUUUACAAUCUAUGAUAUUUCUAAAGUGCUAUUCGAAAAUAAAGAUAAAUUUCAUAAUUUAGAGAUCUUAAAAAUUAAUUCAUGCAUAUUUGAAGGAUAAAUUUUAUAGUUUUUAAAGUUUCAGUCCUAGCUAAUUCAAAUUUAGUUGGAAGGUUGUUGGAAAAUAAGUUCUUAAGCUUUACUUGAAUACGUAUAAGUAGCUAAUUUUAGUAAUUUACGUUCGUUAAAUCUCUCGAACACUCUCAUAAAUGAUAACUUUAUCUAGAUAUUAAGCACAAAGGAAAAUUAAUUAGAAGAAUUAAAUAUUAGUUUCUGCAAUUUAUUGAGUGAUAAGGGCCUCAUGGUACUACUUAGUAGCAAGCAGCUAAAUAAAGUUAAAACGUUAUAUUUAAAAUGCUUGAGACUAACUGAUUUAACUAUCUCUGCAUUAAUAGAAUCACAAAAUUUUGCAUCCACUCUAACUAAAUUGAGUAUUUAUAAAUGCUUUGGUUGCUCUUCUGAAAGCAUAGUUCAUCUUUUUUAAAGUCCUGUGUCAGACAAACUCUAAUAUUUUGAUGCUUCAAGCUCCUUAUUCGAUGAUGACUGCAUAAGAGCCAUAGUGGAUAAGGAUUUAAAAGACUUAAAAACUUUAAAGUUUUAUGAGUGUAAUAAGGUUAGUAGUGAAGGUGUUAAAUAUCUUUUUGAGAGCUAAAUAAUUUAAAGACUAGAAGUCUUAGACAUUUCAUGGAUCUAUUUUGAAAAUAAUGUCCUUGAAAUUUUGUAAAAUAAAGAUUUAAAACUAAAGGAAUUAUGCUUCCCAAUGGUUCCUUCAAUAUAAAACGAAACCCUAUUAAAAUUUAUACAAGAAUCAAAACUGUUAAAUACAGUGGAAGUAUUAGAUUUAAGUUAUAAUUAGGUAGAUGAUCAAAUCAUUAACUAUAUUUUAUAGCAAAAGAAAAAUGGAAAAAAUAUUCCCUUAAGAGAUUUGUAGGUCUAUGGAUGUGAUAAAAUCUUAAAUAAAAAGCAAUUAUAAAAAGAUUCUUCCGUUUUUGAUUUGGUGAUUUAUGUAUGA